AUGAGGAUAUGGAAGAGGGCGGCCGGAGCUCUCAAGGACAAUUACAGCAUUUUGGUGGCGAAAUUCUCGCCGCACGGCCACCCAGAUCUGGAGAGAGUGGUGAUAAAGGCGACGAGCCAUAACGAGCAAUGUAUGGAUUACAAGAGCAUACAAAGGGUGUUCCAAUGGCUGCGAAGCUCGCCAUUGUACCUGAAACCUCUUCUCUACACAUUGUCAACGAGGAUGGAAAAGACUCAUAGCUGGGUUGUCGCCAUUAAAGGACUAAUGCUCAUCCAUGGCGUGUUCUGUUUCGACCUUCCAACCGUUCAAAUGCUAAGAAGGCUUCCAUUUGAUAUGACACACUUUAGCGACGGUCACUUAAACCCCGAAAAAGCGUGGGGAUACAACGCUUUCAUCCGUGCCUAUUACAGUUACUUGGAUCUCAAGUCAUCGUACGUUUGCGCUCAGGCGGCGAGGAAGCGGAAGCCGGGGAAGAAAACGGAGGAGACUCUGGCGGAGGAGUUACAGAAUUUAGAGAAACUUCAAGGUUUGAUCGACGCGAUCCUUCAUGUGAAGCCGCGAAAUCCUUCCAUGCACGUUGUGCUUGUUCUUGAAGCCAUGGAUUGCGUAAUCGACGAGGUUCUUGAAGUUUAUGAUAGCUACUGCAAGGGAAUGGAGAGAGUGAUUCUAAAAAUUUUUGAUAUGGGAGGAACGGUUGAAGCCGGAACCGCGCUUCGGAUCAUCGAGAAAGGCGAAAUGCAAGGCGAUAAACUCGCCUUGUAUUUCGAAUUCUGUAGGGAGAUUGGGGUUCUUAAUGUUUCUGAUUCUCCCAAGAUCUUGAGGGUGGCUGAGAAAGAUAUGAAUGAAGAGAUGGCAAUUGUUGUUAGAGAGAAUGAUUUCUUGAUGAAGAAGACAGUGAUUACUGAUCAGUGGGAAGUGUUUGAUGAUGACGUGGCAUUUGAUCAAAUGAGCAGUGCUGUUGUUGUUGCUGCUGCUGCUACUAAUAAUUAUAAUCCAUUUUUGGAACUGGAUUCUUAUAAUAGCAUUGUGCCUUAUAAUCCUCAUCAACAUCAUGUUCUUCCAGAUCUAAUAAGUUUUUAA